UCCGACUUUCUUCCUACACGGAAAUUGAAAAGUUUCACAUUGCCAAAGAGUACUUAAUCCCGGAAAGUUUAAAAAAACAUAAUUUAAACGCUGGGGAAAUAGUUUUUGAAGACCAGGCAAUUCGAGACAUAAUAAAACACUAUACUCGCGAAGCCGGGGUGCGAGAACUUAACCGGAAAAUUCAAGUAAUCGUUCGCAAGUUUAUCGUUCGACUCUUGCAAAACCAAAACCUAGAAAAUAAACUUGUUGUUACUCCUAAUAAUUUAAAGGAAUAUUUAAAGAAAAGAAUUCACGAAUUUACUCCUAAGCAAAAAACUCCAAAAGCGGGAGUGGGUGAAUUGGGAAGAUUAACCGGAAGUUUAGGGAAAGUAAUGAAAGAAUCCGCCGAAGUAGCUUUCAGUUAUGUUCAAUCUUAUUUAGAAGAGAAUAAAGAAAGUUUUAAAAAAGAACUAGCCUUGUUAGAAAAACGAGAUGUUAAUGUUCAUGCUCCAGAAGGAGCAGUAGAGAAAGAAGGACCGAGUGCUGGUAUUGCUUUAACCACUGCCAUUCUUUCGGCUUUGACUAAUCAAAAGGUUCCAGUUGACAUUGGUAUGACCGGAGAAAUUACCUCCAAAGGAAAAGUGCUGGAAAUUGGCGGCUUAAAGGAAAAGGCUAUUGCGGCUUGUCGUGGCGAAUUGAAAACGAUUAUAAUUCCUAAAUCUAAUGAAAAAGAUAUUGAAGAUAUUCCCGAAGAAGUCCGCCGUGAACUGACAAUUAUUCCGGUUGAAGAAUAUGAAGAAGUUUGA